UGUGUGUGUGUGUGUUUGUGUGUCAGAGGGAGAGAUUGAGAGAAGGAAAAGGAAAAUAGAGAGAGAAAGGGAGGAAUGAAUGAAAGAAAGAAGGAAUGAUUACUGACAGGAGAAGAAAAGCGGAGAGAGAAGGAAAAGAGAGAGAGAGAGAGAGAGGGAGAGAGAGAGGGAGAGAGAGGGAGGAACGAAAGAAAGAACGGGUAGUGAGAAGAAAAGAGAAGGGGAGAGAGGGAUAGAGAGAGAGAGAGAGAGAAAAGUGCAUGCCAGAGCAGUGAGGCCAGUUCUUUGGGGGGGCGGGACCACAAGCGUGAAAGACAGGAAAUGUGGAAACGUUGUCAGUCGUCGUCUCGGCCGGUUCUAUCAUCGGGGCGUGGGACCGACGUCGUGGUGCUCACACUCUUCCCCUCCUCAUUCUGAAACCCUGCGCGUCUGUCUCUGUGUGUGUGUGUGUGUGACUGCUUUUGCUGAUCGACCACAAGGACCUGAGCCCUCGUACAGUUGAACUGGCCCCACACCAGAUGAGGGAAGAUGUUGGCUAUGGACCAAGGCGUGGUGGAGGAAUGGCUGUCAGAGUAUAAGACUCUUCCGGAGACGGCCAUCUCGAGCUAUGCCGCCUCGCUCAAGGAGAAGGGCUCUCUGGUGCCCGCCCUCUACAAGGUCAUCCGCGAGAACUACAGCGACUGUCUGGAGCCCGUGUGUCACCAGCUGUUUGAGUUCUACCGCAGUGGGGAGCCGCGUCUCCAGCGCUUCACGCUGCAGUUCCUGCCCGAGCUGCUGUGGAGCUACCUGUCCGUCACGGCCGCGCGUGACCCCCACUGCUCCGGCUGCAUCGAGGCCCUGCUGCUCGGCAUCUACAACCUGGAAAUAGUGGACAAAGAUGGCCAGAGCAAAGUGCUAACGUUCACAGUCCCCUCCCUGUCAAAACCGUCAGUAUACCAUGAGCCCUCCACGAUUGGCUCUUUGGCCUUAACAGAAGGUGCAUUAGCCAACCACGGACUGAGUAGGGUUGUUUACAGUGGGCCCUAUCUUCAGAGAGAAACGUUUACAGCACAGAACAGGUUUGAGGUGCUGACGUUCCUGCUCCUGUGCUACAAUGCUGCUCUCAGCUACAUGUCCACCACCUCGUUGCAGUCCCUCUGCCAGCUCAGCUCACGGGUCUGCAUCUGCGGGUAUCCACGGCAACAGCUGCGACGGUACAAAGGCAUCAGCACACGGAUGAUGGUGACCUCCGAAUUCCUGGUGCAGCUCAUCACCGGCAUCCAUUUUGCCCUGUAUAACGGGGAGUCGGACCUGGGGUCCAAAGCACUGGACGAUGUACUUUACCGGGCCCAGCUAGAACUUUAUCCUGAAGCAUUACUGGUGGGCCACGCCAUCAAGUCCACCAUGACGGGCGCGGCGCUCAAGUCCAGCAAGGAGGGCACGCGCAGCAUCCAGGUGGAGAUCACGCCCACCGCCCCGCGCAUCUCCCGCAACGCCGUCACCAGCCUGUCCAUCCGCGGCCACCGCUGGAAGAGACACGACGCAGUGGAUCUGGGUUCCCCGGACGAGUUGAUGGAGAUCGCCGAGGAGGACGAGGGCUUCUGCCCGCGCGCGGCGCUCGAAGGUGGCAUUAGCGGCAGCCCCCCCACCGUGGUGAUCAGCAACAGCUGCGGCGCCAACGCCAGCCCCGCGCCCGCCAACGCCACCGCCAGCACGGGCAAACCAGCGGGCAAGAGCCAGCGCCGACUGCUGGGCGGCAAAUCCAAAGACAAGGAGAAGGAGAGAGAGAAGGAGAGAGAGAAGGAGAGAGAGAAGGAGGGCUUGGCGGCGCCGGAUCCGCGGAAGCUAGGGGGCGCCAUGGGCCGCGCCAUGAGCGAGAACGCCGAGCCGCUGUCGCUCAAGCGCCUGACCCUGACGUCCAGCCAGUCGGUGCCCCGGUCCACCACGCUGAGCCUGUCGCGCACGGCCAGCGCCGUCUUCUCGCGCUCCUUCGAGCAGGUCAGCAACGCGCUCGCCCUCGCCACCGGCGGCGGCCAGGGGCACCGCGCCCCGAGCCCCACGCCCGGCUCCAACCACUCGCUGGAGGUCAACCGCUACUCCGCCUGCAGCCUGCAGGACGACGGGCUCGGGGGGUACGGGAUGUCCGGCGGCGACCACCACCUGAGCCCGGCCCUCCACCACAAGCAGCAGCCGUCCCCGAGCAUCAGCAUCCAUCUGGCCCCUGACCUGUGAACUCUGACCUGUGGUGAUGUCGUCGUCACACGGGCGGGACACUCACAAAGCACCCUUGUGUCUGCGCCCCCCACCCCCACUCCCACCUACACCCCCCCAUCUUCUUGGUAACGAAUCUUGCCUGUUGCUCAGCUUUUGAGAGACACACUCUGCCUUUCUUGGUGGAUCCAACAUGACACUCCUCCGUCACGACUUCCUCCACCCCAAAGUCUGCACUUACACUCCCCCUCCCCAAUCCCCCCCGAAAAGCUCUUUUCUGGUUACGUGCAGAAGAAGAGGGCGAGAGGGGAAAGCUGCUCUGACUGGCGCCCCCUUGUGGUAUUCAGCCAUGCCUGUGGCACCUUAGAGAGAGUUCUCGGUUUUUAAUUGUUCAUUAUUUGUUGAUGGGAUGUGAAUCACUAAAAACUGUUUUAAAUCAAGAUGAAGUAUUUUUCAAAUUAAUUAUUUUCUAAAGAGUCCCCACUUCAGUCAUUGUAACUGUAUUUUUUUUCUCUCUCUCAUUGGUGUUGUAAUGGAUUUUUAUCCAAGAUCUCUUAAUAGAAUUCCCCAUCAACUGGUUAGGUAUUGUGGACUGUGCACCGGACUUAAAGAUUUAAGGUGUGACUUUUUUUAUUAUUAUUUUUUGUUUUGUUUGGGUUUUUUGCUUGUUUUAAGUGUUGUUUUGUCGGUCUGUCUGUAUGUGUGUCUCUGUGUGUGUGUGUGUGUGUGUGUGUGUGUGUGUGUGUAUGUGUGUGUGUCUGUGAAUACAUGCAUGCAUGAUUUUGUGUUGGAGUGGAGAUGUAUCUGUAAAAGUGUUGCCAUGGGUGUACGUGUUCAGAGGGGAUAUUUUCUCAAAUGAUCGUGGUUUAGUGAUUAACCCAGAUAAAUUAACUUGUACGAGUAAGAAGUGACUUUAUCGGAGUAAGUAGUUAACUUAUCUGGCUUGGUGAGUAAAACCACAACAACCACAAAUCUUGGAAUUACCCCCCUGGGUGGUUGGCUUUGCUGAGCAACAUUACAAAAACGCGUCAGCUUUUUCUUUUCUUUCCUUAAAAGAAUGCUUUAUUUAAGAAAAGCACAGUAGCGUUAAAUGACAGCACAGCACAGCAUGUUCGAUUAAGCAAUGGGAAAUGGGUCAAUCAAAAAUUACCCAUGUUGCACUAGGCUUAAACCUAAGCCGGCACUAUGUGUUUACCUAACUUCUGCCCUAGCCCUCAAAUCCUCGAUAUGACUGUGCAGUCAUAUUUUUACCACUAUUGACCGUAUCUGUUGGUACAAAUCCACCAAAAUCCACCGAAACGUUUAAAACAAAGAAAAAAAGGCUUUGUUUACAACAGAAUUUUGUUCCCAAGAAGCCGAAGAAGCAAUAUCUCUUUAUUUUGAUCCAGUAUGAAACUGUGAUAGCCCUCCGCUGUGCUCGGACUGGUGUAUACUUGCAGAAUGAAACUGAGCGGAGAAGAAGAGAGGAGGUGUUGUACGUACGAUGACGUUUUUAUGUAUGCUGUAGGCUACAAACUGUGGUAUUAGGAACGAAGGAGAGGAAGGUUCCAUUGCAGUAUUAAUGUUUUUUUUUUUUUUUUAAAUACAAUAAAUAAAAAAAAAAAAUCAAAGCACAUGUUUUAUUUUCCUCCAAGAACAACUUCAGACCAGCGUGACGGGGGGUUGCAGAGAGGAGUGACCGCCAAGUAUCUCACCCGUUGCAAAGCUCUCAGUUCUCCAGUUCUCUUUUCUGCAAAUUGUAUUGGCUCGCCCAUCUGUACGUGAUUUUUGAUCGUAUCAUGUUACUGUCUUAUGAUUGGGCUGUGCGUGUGUGUGUGUGUGUGUGUGUGUGUUUGUAUGAUUGCAAUUAUUUAAUGGGUAAAUUGGACGAAUCACUGUGGUACUGUAUGAUAUUCACGAAAUGGGAAAAUAAAUUGCUUCAUUUGAUUAUUGAUUAGCUUUGUCUCCAUAAAGUAUGUAUUUGGUAAAGUAAAGGGGUGUUUUUUUUAAUUCACAAUGUGGAAAUGUAACAAUCAUGACUCCAAAUUUUUGUUUACAGAAAUGUGGAAAAAUGCUCUUGUGAAUUGUACAUAUUAUUGUACUAAAGUUUUUUUGUUGUUCUUUUUGCCUUUUGUCUGAAAGUAACUCAACGAUGGAACUUCUCGGAUAAUAAAAUGUUUAUAUUUC